AUGGCUUCUUCCUUGACCUGCCCUUCUGCAUCUUCGAUUUUACCUAUUGCUGAUACGAGAAGCGGGAACUUACGUUCAGGCACAUUUCUGUCUCAGGUUUCUUGUGGGAUUCAAAGAGAUGAUAAUGGUCGCCGUGUUUGGCGGAGGAGAACAUUGACGAAGAAGGAUGAUAUGUUGCGUUACAAAAUGCAAAGAGUUCCAUUUGUGGAAGAGCAAGUAAGGAAGAUAAGAGAAGUGGGGAAGGUAAUGACAAUGGACAUAGAACAGCUGCUUUUGAGGGAAGACAAUCGGUUUGAAUUUGUCAAUAGCGUAGCAGCUGAAGCAACAGAGUACGUGGAGAAGAACAGAGACGAGUAUGGAGGUUCCAAAAAAGCCAUCUUUCAUGUUCUGAGUAACCGUGUCAACGAUCUCGGCUUUGAUCGCCCUGAGGCUUAUGUAGAAACUGAUCCUUACAAACCCGGUCCUGGCUAUUUGUUGGAGUAUUACACAUGA